AUCUCUCCCACCUCCUCCUCAACUUCCCUUCCAUCAGCAUCAGCUUCUCAACACUCAUCACAACCUUCUUCACCACCAAAAAAAUUUCCCCAAUCUUUUCCCGACUCACCAGUCCCCCAAUCACCCCCAACCUCAAAAUGAAGUCCUUCACCGUCAUCGCCAUCGCCCUCCUCGGCCUCACCAACGCCGCCACCAUCCGCAUCUGCAAGGACCAGACCCUCGGCAGCUGCGUCACCAUGGACGUCACCACUUGCACCAACUUCCCCGGAAGCAUGAACGACGUCGUCAGCUCCGUUGACACCGGCAGCGCCACCUGCACCUUCUACACUGACGGCAGCUGCGGCGGUGCCUCCUGGACCACCAGAGGCCUCCAGAACACCGUCCCUUCCAACUUCAACGACAACCUCAGCUCCGUCAAGUGCUAGAGAAAUCGCUUGGAAAGUUCGGGAACGUCAUAACAGAGCACCUCAUGAAAACAACGAAUGCUGCUUUCUUCGGGAGUCUCUGUGACGUCGUCCAGCAACGCGAGGAAUUAGGGGCUACCAUGUGAUUCCGGCUUAGGGGGUUUGAUGCCUGCUUGGUUUCCCGGAUAGAAGCAGGC